CUGGUCAGUCUUUAUUCUAACUUGGAAAGUCACAGAUCUGCUGCUAGGAAAAAUGUCACAACUCUUGGGUCUGGCUCUGCCGCUCCUCCUGCUGCUCCUCAUGCUGCCGGGCCACACGGCUGGACGCUGCGAGCGUUCGACCACCCUGGAACAUGGCUCGAUAGUGAAUCGGAAUAGAAAUCUGGUUCGCUUUCGCUGUGAUCCUGGAUACUCGCUGCAAGGCAGCUCCAUUGCAACCUGCGGAACGGAUGGCCGGCUGCGCGGCGAACGACCCUUCUGUGCGAAACGUGGCUGCCCGGAGCUAGAGACGCUGGGGAACACCGAUAGCUUCACUCUCAACGGCCUGAAGGCCUUCACCGUCUGCCACGAUGGCUUUGUGCUGGUGGGCAGCGGCUCUGCCUACUGCAAUGGAACGAAUUGGAACACCGCUUUGGGCAGCUGUCGACGCAGCAAUCACUCGUCGGAUCACUCGUGCGACUUUGAGAGCGAGGAUCAGUGCGGAUGGACGGCGGAGCAGUCGUACAUGCAGCCUUGGAAGCGCAUCAGCACUGUGGCGGACUAUCACUCGUAUCGCACGGGUCCGCGGCACGAUCACACCUUUCAGAGCAGCUACGGCGGACACUAUAUGCGCAUGGAGACGAAGAGUGGAGCGUUCGGCAGCUACCACUUUAUGUCGCCCAUCUAUCCGCGGGAGCUGAGCCUGAAGACCGCCUGCUGUUUUCGGUUCCACUACCUCAUGUAUGGUGCGGGUGUGGAAAGUCUGGUGGUGUCCGUUAAGCCGAUCUCACUGUCCGUUCAAGACAUGUGGACUUCGUUCAAGGCCAAUUCUACGAAAUGGACAGAGACUGGCAGCCAGGGCACCCAGUGGCUGGAGCACACCAUCUUCAUUGACGAAAUGGAGGAGGAUUUCCAGGUAAUCUUCACGGCCACCGAUGCCAGAUCGCGUUUCGGUGACAUUGCCAUCGAUGAUGUGCGCCUGAUGACGGGCCGGGACUGUGGUGUGGGUGAGUACACAACCACCCAAGAGCCCACCGUCAAGCCGGACAGCAGCGAGGAGCCAAUGGUCUUUGACAUGAUGAACUGCACGAAUCGGUGCGGCCAGCCGGGCAGCAGAUAUGUUCUCACGGAGGACGGCAUACUCAGGGGCUGUGGGUGCAAUGAGGAGUGUGUGGAACUUGAAAAUUGUUGCCUCAAUUACAUGGAUGAAUGUGUUGUGAUGACUGAAGCGACAGCUGAGGAAGAAACAACAACUAUUGCAACAACAACAACAACGACGACCACGACCAGAAGGCCAACAACAACAAAGAGAACUACAACAACAACCACAACACCAAAACCGACAACAAAAAGAACUACAACGACAACGACAACUACAACACAAAAACCAACAACAAGGCGUACAACAACUACAACAACAACAACACCAAAACCAACAACAAGAACAACAACCACAAGGCGUACAACAACAGCAAAGCCAACAACAACGACCACGAAAAGAACAACAACAACGCGAAAACUUACACCAACAACAACAACGACUAGGAGACCAACAACAACAACGACACGAAAAACAACAACUAAACCAUUAACAACAACUACACCAAACACGACAACAAUCACACCAACAACAACAACGAUAACUUCAGCAACAGCAUCAUCAACAACCACAGUUUCCACUACAGAACGGCUCAAUAAUCGCAUCUCGUGGACAGUGGAUCCGAAUGAAAUUGCUGGCAACAUGGACAUCACAGGGAACUCCAACGUCAAUCCCGCCCUCGUCAUGUUGUACCUUCUGCUGGCCAUCGCACUGAUUGUUGGACUGGCAAAUGUCACCUACCGCUGGAUCAUACCAAUGGCAGCGGCCACGCCCAGCAACGAGAAGGCGGUGGCAUUCCAGAAGGCCUUCAGUAAGCUGAGAAAAGCGCGGGUAUCGCGUCGCAAUCUGCCGCGGGAUGGGCAGGGUCAGCCGUUGUGCGAUACGGAUGACGAGGAUGGUGAUGACUAUUUUGAGAAUGAUGCCACCCGCUUCGAGGAAAUGGGCGUGGACAUACGAAAUGUGACGGACCUUUGAAGGAAAUGCGGGAAGUACACACAAAGAACUCUCCUCUUCUCUAUCAAUAUGUGGGCUCUACCUUAACCCUACCCUUAGCCCUACCCCUACCCCUCUUUCUUGUUUCUUAUUCUGUUUUUGUAUGUAUGAUUAUAUACCUAUUGUAUAGGUUAGGCAUCCUAACUCAUUUUGUCUAGAAAGAUAAUAAAAUAUGUGUGCAAAAGGC